AUGCCCAGAUAUCAUACGUACAAAAAGGCACGAAAUCCAAGCUCUCUUCCCAUGAUUGUUCGAUACACAUAUGACCGCGUUCUAAUUCGCGCUCUGAGAAUCGCAACGCCACCGCCGGAACUCACGAUGACAGAACAAACGAUCAAAACAAGAAUCUUGAUCAUAAGCGAUACCCACUGUGCACCUCUCAAGCCGAAGAAUAGCGACUCGCCACCACCCUUUGCGGCACCAUUGCCAGCAGCCGACAUCCUAAUCCAUUGUGGCGAUCUCACUCAUACAGGCCAAGCAGGACAGUACAACCAAGCCCUAGACAUGCUCAAGGAGAUCCAAGCACCUGUCAAACUAGUGAUAGCAGGGAACCACGAUCUCACCCUGGACAAGGAAUUCAUGCUCAACCGCCAAGACCUGGACGGACGAUUGGGUGAGGGAAUGACGGCAGAGAAAGCCGCCGCUGCAUGUCAGAAAGCGAGAGAUCUAUGGACUGCUCCAGACGGCAGAGCGAAAGAAGAAGGCAUCACCUUCCUAGACGAAGGACUCCACCAAAUCACCCUACCAAACGGAGCACGCCUCCACCUCUACGCCAGCCCCUACACGCCCGAAUUCUACGACUGGGGCUUCCCAUACGACCGAGACACCGACCGCUUCAACCCCACCGACAACACCCUCACAGAUGCGAAGAAAGCAGUACAGAACCCCGUACCAGCCUACAGCACCUCGGACCUACCAAUCGACAUCCUACUAACCCACGGCCCACCCUACGGCCAAGGCGACCAGACCGAUCGAGGGGAUUACGCAGGAUGUCCGCACCUCCUGCUUGCUCUAAUGCGCUCUCGACCACUGCUGCACUGCUACGGCCACAUACACGAAGGCUGGGGCGCGCAGAAGAUCCGUUGGUCAGAGCGUGUAGACGAAGUCGUGGCGACACCGACGACGAUCGAAGAUUGGAAGAACGGGGUCUGGCAGGCGGGUAUAGCUAAUAAUGGCCUUGAGAGCGUGUCGGUGAAUGAGGAGAAGACGCUGCAGCGACGUGCGGCGUUUCUGGAUGUUUCGCGGGAUGGGGGGUUGUUGAGACGAGGGAGGGAGACGGCGUUGGUGAAUGCGGCCAUUAUGGAUGUCAAGUACCGGCCUGUCAAUGCGCCGUGGUUGGUUGAUAUCGAGUUGCCCAAAGCUAGCUGA